GAUUACAGACAUAUUAUAGACACUCCAAUGGACUUUGGUACAGUGAAAGAAACUCUGGAAGCUGGAAAUUAUGACACUCCAAUGGAACUGUGCAAAGAUAUAAGACUGAUAUUUAGUAAUGCAAAAUCUUAUACUCCAAACAAAAAGUCAAAGAUUUAUAGCAUGACCUUGAGAUUGUCAGCACUAUUUGAAGAGAAAAUAAGAAGAAUUGUUUCAGAUUACAGAAAUGCUCAGAAACAGAAUGAAAAACUACGAAGAAACCAGAGGUAUACCAGAAGAUUUAAUAAUCCAAGCUCAGUGCAGCAUCCUACCAAAAUGCUCAGAAAUUUGAAGCAGAAACCAUUAAAGUCUCAGGCAAAAACUGAAUCUGAGCAGGAAGAUUCUUCUACUCAACCUACCUCAAGCAGAGCCAUCUGUGUUGCAAGCCAUAAAAUGAAUACUAGCAAUUACAACCAUACUUCCUCUGGUGAAUCCUCUGGUUCAGCAUGCCUGGCAUCUUUUGAAAGGAAUGGAAAAGCUAGAUCCACAACACAAACAAAUUGUUCCGCAUUAUCAUCAGAAAGUGAAAUAGAGGGUUCUUUGGUUUCUUCAUCUACUUCAUCUUCAUCCUCUGCAAGUAGCUCAGAAGACAGCAAAGAAAGCUCUGCGGCUCUUGUGUCACCUCUGCUACACAAUGGUGUAUGUAGAAGAAAGAACAGCAAUUGUAGGAUAACUAGAAAUCGAGCUGCUCAAAGAAAACAAAUAGGAACACUUCUUCAGGAGAAUGGAAAUACAAGAAAAGCUGUCCGGAAAAAGUUAUAUGGAAGUGACUCUGAAAAUACUUCAGCAGUGACAUCUGAGUCACUCAGUAAUAGUAUUGGUAGACAUAGAAAAACUCCCCGCAGAAGUGCUGCUGUGGCUGCUAAUAAAUUAAGAUUAAUGAGUGAUGUGGAGGAAGAGGUUUCAAGCUCAGAAAGUAUUGGCAUUGGAUGCAGGAAUAGAAAACUGCCUCACCGAAAUGCCUCAGCCGCAGCCAGGCGAAUGUUACUGGAGGGGUCUGAGGAUGAUGCAGCCUUGAAGUCUGAAACUGAAAAAGAAACAGAAGAGCAGCUUACCAAGAAGAAAAUUAUUUCUCAACCUGGUUCGUCUCUUGUACGAAGAAAAUUUGUUAGUGAAUCUGAAAAUGAAACUUCAGAUUCUGAAGCAGACACACAGAUGAAGCAGAAAAACUGGCAAAGCAAUGGUCAUAAAGAGUUAUGUGGGACAGUCCAUUCUGUAUUUCCCAAAAUGAAAAGUCCCACCCUGGACUUCUCAGAGGAGGACUCUAAAAGCCAUAAUUCAGAGGAUGAGAGCAGUCAGAAAGUUUCUGACCAGUCAACAUCUGCACGUAAUAAGCCUGCAGUGAGCAACUCUGAGGAUGAAGUGGAUUCUGAAUCAGGUAGAUGGAAUGGCAGAAAAGCAACUGGUCUGCAGCUUGCUGCUCCUUUAAAAAAAGCAAGAGUCUUGAGUGAUUUAGAGGACACAGCAGAAUCUGAAACAGAAGGCAGGGAUGAUGGGAGAUGUUCUGUCUUGAAGAGCUUGGUGCCAGCUAGAAUUACAGGGAGUUCAAAAUCUGGACCUGGUGCCAGCUUCAAUCUCUCUUCUGAUACAGAAUCUGAGACAAAUUACAGUAAGAGCAAUUAUUGUGAAACUUCUUCAAAAACAAAGAGGAGGAGGAGAAAGGGAAAAACAAAGAUCAUUAGAAAAGAAUCAACAUCUGAGGAGACUGGACAAAGUGGAAAAGUGCUCAGGAGCAGGACAUGCAUCAUUAACUAUAAGAAACACAUAAAGCUGUCUAAUGUGACUGAGAAGAAAAAUCCACGCAGAUGUGCCACUUUGGCAGCAAAUAAGAUUAAGAUAAUGAGUGAUACAAAGGAAGAAUUGUCAAGCUCAGACAGUGUUUACACAGUAAAAAAGAACAGAAAGCAGCUUCAUGGCAAUGUGUCUACAGCAUCCAGGAAGAAAAUGAUCGGCAGCUCAGAGAUAGAUUCUUGCUUAAAGUCUGAAAAUGAGAAAGAACAGCCUUCUGGCAGAAAAAAACUUUCCUGCCCUCAGUCGUCUGCUCCUAAAAGAAAAUAUGUUAGUGAGUCUGAGACUGAAAAUACAGAAUCUGAUGCAGAGGUAAAGGUGACUCAAAAGCAGAAUGAUGAUAACCACAAGCAGGCACACAAAAGGGUCUGUGCUGUGGAUCUUAAAAAUCUCAAAUAUGACUAUUCAGAGGAGAAUUCCGCAAACCACAAGAUGGAAAAUGGGAGAAACUGGGGAAGUUCUAGUCAGUCAGCUUCUGCCCACAACCAUCGUACAAGCAGCUCUGAAGAGGAGGUAGAUUCUGAUUGUGCUAAACACAAAACUAAAAAUAUCAGAGAAGUAUCAAAUAAAAAACCUAGAGCUUCUUUCAAAAGAUCAAAAUUAUCGGAUGACUUCAAAGAAACAGCAGAAUCUGAAACAGGGGGGAAGAAAGAUGAAAAAAGCUCAGUAUCAGAGAAUGUGGAAGCACCUGGGACUGCAGGAAUUUCAAAAGCCAGUUUCAAUUGUGUUUCUGAUUCAGACUGUGAAUCUGAUAACAGUAUCUAUAGUAAUGCCACAGAAACAAGAAAGAGGAAGAGGAAAUUGGAAGUCGUUAGAAAAGAAAUUACCAAUUGCAACUCACCUAAGCCUUCCCGAAGACCCCAGCAAAGGAAACGUCGGAAACUUAACCAAGAAAACGACUCUGAAGAUUUGUAUUACACCAAAUAUAGAAGAGCUAAUCGGCGUUCUAAGAUAAGAACCCGGAACGGCGGUAGACGGACUGUGAGAUACGACGAUUGUGACGAUGACGAUGAUGACAGAGGUUUAGAUUAUAUAAAUCACAAAACGUAA